CCAACACCAGAACAUAGUGCAAUCGAGACGAAAUGGAUCCUGAACAACAGUCCGACCCGAUUAAAGAAAAUCCGGAAGAACAGCAAUUCAUUGACAAGAGCGACGCGUUGGCGAAAGCUUUAUCAACAAUGUUGGGAAGUGUGAUUAAAGAUUUCGAUUGUAAAGCUGAAGAGACUCUCAAAAGCCAAGAACACUUAACUUCCUCAAUCGAUCGUCUUACUCGAGAGCUUGAUCAAUUGCUCGAAGAUGCGCCUUUUCCAUUCAUAAUACAGCAUGCUGCCAAGAUUUCAGCACUUAGGAAGAGAGUUUUUUCGUUGAAUUUGCUUCUUAAAUCUAUACAGAAGCGUCUUGAUAAUCUGGAUCGAGUUCUUUUUGCGGGUCGUCCACAAGGGAAAGACAACAUCAGCAUCUAACUCCUGCCAUGUGUUCAUCACAAAUUCAAAUUUCUAAUAGCUCGUUCCAUUUUCACGAGAAACGUAGCGAGCUACUUGAAUCGCAUACCUGGAACAAAAAACAAACAAAGUUGAAGUGAUUUUCUUUUUGUAGAAGCUAAUAUGAAAGUCAAGGAAUAUGAACAUUUUGUGAAAUUGAUUUGAAAAUUCUCUCAUGUAAGCAAGUAUGCAUUGCUUGGUGCAGCAAGGAAUGAGCUUGAGGGUAACUUUAUUCUUACAUCAGCUUGAAGAAUUGCUUCUUCCUUCCACUGUAUCUUCAACAUAGCAGUUUCUUCUCACGCCAUUGCCAAAUUUGGAUUCCCUAUCACGAGCUUGUACAGAAACAGAUUUUUCUAGAUUGACUGUUGAAGUCCUGGGGUGUGGGUGUGUUUAUGACUAGCUGAUGUGGCCUAUUGCAUUAUUCUUACUGGAUUUGUAAUCAGGAACAUUCACCACAAUGAUCUACAUAUAUGAAGUUAUAGAAUCAUUAUUUUGGUGUUA